UGAAGGAGAUCAUUGAUUUUAUCAUUGCGAACUUUUCCUACUUUGUGAUCAUGCCUAUUAGAUAUAUUCAAAAUUUAGGUGGUCCCGUAUACGGACCUUCUCCCAGAUGUAUUCCCAUCAGCAACUUUCCCAAAUUUGUUUCCCAAAACGAAGCGAAGAUAAAGAGAGAACAUGCAGAAGUGAAUAGGACGUCACCCGCACCCGCCGCGAUGGUGUCCGUUCGCGCUGAAAAUCUGGAAAAAAAUCGCUACAAGAACGUCUUAGCUUUUGACCAUUCCCGCGUGAGGCUCGGCGCUGGAUCUGGAGGUGAUUACAUCAACGCCAACUACAUCCAUCAUCCGCAGCAGCACAACGCUUAUAUAGCCACGCAGGGACCGCUGUGCAACACUGUGCGGGACUUCUGGCAGAUGGUGUAUGAACAAGGUACGACGGUUGUGGUAAUGCUGGGAGAGAACAUAGAGCACGGCAUUCCGAAAGUGUUCCGCUACUGGCCACUGUUCCCUGAAGAGAAGUAUACUCUCAAGCUGGGACCACUGCGAGUGCGGAUGCUUAUUGAAAGGAAAACCCCAUGGGGCAUGUAUCGCAGCAUUCGCGUGUCGGCCGGGACGAAAUACCGCGACAUAAACCACUACCAACUAACUGAGUGGGCCGACUAUGGUGCUCCCAGCGAUCCUUACCUCCUGCUCCGAUUUGUACUCGCCGUUCGGUACCAUAGUCAGGAGGGCAGUUUCGACACAACCAGUUCAAGACCUGUUGUUGUGCACUGCAGUGCCGGAGUGGGCCGCACGGGAACUUUCAUUGCAGUCGAUACGGUUGUGAGGGAACUCCUAAGCUCACAGACCACCAGUAUUGAUCUGUAUGGGAUUAUACGCCACAUGCGCUCACAGCGAAAUUCUAUGAUACAGGGUGACGUCCAGUAUCUCUACGCGCACAAAGUCAUCGCCUUGCUUCUGAAUCGCGCGGCGUUUGCGAAAAAUCUGUCAAGAAACGCUCUAUACUACAAACUGAUAGGCAAUGGGAACCCUCUCCGGUAGAACACACCCCAUACACCUUACAAGUUAUUAUGUGAAUAAUAUUAUAUGAG